GGGCAGAAGGGCUUUGUGUGCUCGCGGUCCUGCUUCCCUGCCCCUGGUAACCUGGUUUUAGCGGCCGCCAACCCAGCGGCUCGCUUAAACUGGGAUUGUGGAGAGCUCGGCUGCCGGAAAGCCUGGGAGGUAUUGGAGGAGACAAACUGCAGAGCGUCGAGAGGCAGCGUGCGCGCUGUGCCCUGGCUGGUAUUUAAGGAAACAACAGCAAACUUCGCAGUCAGACUUUCGGCAGGCGGGGAUGUCAUCUACUGCAUUAAUGCAUUUUUCAGCAGUGGGUUAUGUAAAACUUGCCAGCGCUAUCGUGCAUGCUUAGAACAUGUUGCUGAAGUCAGAGUGUUACUGGGCAGCUGUGAGGAAGAUACCGAAAACAAAGAUCUAUUUUUAAGGUGGUGGAAAAGUAAGAAAAUGAAACCUUUCCAAAGGGCCUGUCUUUUCAAGAGCCUCCUUGCCAAUUGCUGCUGUCAUGGUCAACUUCACAGCUGUUUUCUCCCUCCUGUUGCAAAGAAGAUAGGUUAUGUGGUGGGACUGCAGAACUGUGGGUUUUGGAGGCCAGAAUCUUUAUUGGACACAGCUAGAUUUGCUCUGUCUUUUAGCAAUCAGCACAGGAAAAAACAUCAGGAUUCUCGAGCAUUGUGGAAGCAUGAGGCUGUGCAGAAGCAUCUGGAGACUCUAAGCAAGGAAUACCAGCAAGUUAGUAAUCUGUUAAAUACUGACUCAAUAAAUGACAUUGAGCAAAGAACCCUGAGGAGAAGAUGUGCCAAUCUGUCCCCCAUUGCAGCUGCAUUUCAAGAAAUCAAAUGGGCUGAAAGAGAAGUUCAAGAGUUAGAAGCCAUGUGCAGAGAGCUAGAUGGAAGAGACGAGAAACAACUUCUAGAGCUUGCCUUAGAAGAGAAGGAAGCCCUGGAUAAAAAAAUCAACAUGUUGUGCAGAAAGCUUUUCCAGCUUCUAGUGCCAAAGGAAAAAUAUGAUAGAAGUCACGUCAUAUUAGAAGUGACAGCUGGCAGAACAACCGGAGGAGACAUCUGCCAACAGUUCACUAAAGAAAUGUUUGAGAUGUACCAGAACUAUGCAGACUAUAAACGGUGGACCUUUGACAUUGUGAACUAUACGCCAGCAGAGAUAGGUGGGUUGCAUCAUGCUGCUGCUCAUAUUUCGGGAGAUGAUGUCUACAGGCAUCUGAAAUAUGAAGGAGGAACUCAUCGAGUCCAGCGAAUCCCUGAGACGGGCCUAUCAUCAAGAAUGCAGCGUAUUCACACUGGGACAAUGUCAGUUAUUGUCCUUCCUCAGCCAGAGGAGGUUGAUGUUAAAAUGGAUCCCAAAGAUUUGCGUAUAGAUACAUUCAGGGCCAAAGGAGCAGGAGGGCAACAUGUUAACAAAACUGAUAGUGCAGUGAGAAUUGUACACCUUCCCACAGGACUAGCAGUUGAGUGCCAGCAGGAGCGAUCGCAGCAGUUGAACAAGGAAAGAGCUCUGCGGACACUGAGAGCUAAGCUGUACCAGCAGAUCAUUGAAAAACAAAUAAGUCAAGAGCAAAGUACCAGAAAACUGCAGUUGGGAACAAGAGCCCAAUCAGAGAGGAUUCGUACUUAUAACUUCACCCAGGACAGAGUCACUGACCACAGGAUCUCAUAUGAUGCACGCAAUAUCAAGGAAGUUCUGAGUGGGAAAGAAGCACUGGAUAAGCUAAUAAACAGACUACUGGAGUUUGCAGAGAUGGAAGCUGUCACUGAGUAUCUAGAAAAUUUGCAGGCGUUAGAAGGAGGAGGCUGCUGAAGACCUUGUGUAAAGUUAAAAGCAGAAAUGCUGUGUUCAGUAGCAAAAUAAAACAGAUGCAUUUGUUAGAUGAUAGAUUGAUUAAAAUCUAUGCCUCUGUUUACAGUGUA